CGCUGUUCUUGGGUUGGGGGUGGCGCGGAACGGGAUUCAUGGGGCUGCUCUGCUCAUUUCUUCGGCCCAACCAUUUGCCAGGCCCGUUUUCUCUGCCGGCCCUCCGACGCUGCUCUUGUACCCAAAAGAGCGAACGAGGGCCCCUUAGCAACCACACGUCGUACCUUGGUACUCGCACCCUUUUGCUUCCUCCGACUACUUGUCCAGCUCGUCAAUUCCCAUUCUUUUUGGUGUCCCCGCCCUCUUGGACUGUCUCGCUCGCAGAAAGAAAGGGAAUUCAGGGAGCCAUCUCGACGUCACGACAAGGCUUAGUUGGAAACAAGCUUGGCGAGGUACAGUGGGUAGUGCAGCAGACAACGCCACCCACCCCAGGAACACAAAAAGCCGUUGCUUGCGAAGCAGAAGACGCAACUCGCUCGGGGCUGACGCAGCAUUCAUCACGUAGGUACCCCUCUCCAACCUGUGCAAAGCCUCCGCUGCUGCCGCUGUCGAGCAAUUGAGCUUCCUGCCCACAGCCAAUCCCGCUCCGCAACUCAUCCGGCAGCUCCGGCUUUGUCCACCACCGUGCAGGCAGGAGCGCGAUCCAUAUUCAUAAAAUCUCACCACCCGUCACCACUCCUUGAACUACUGACCCUCCGCUCUCCUCUCGAGUCGCCUGC